CCGGAGCCACGUCGCGUUUUACUCGCCAUUUUCCUGUCCGGUGAAGCCCAAAAAAUCCUCCCGAUCCGGUGUCACCGAGUCAGUCCCCCGCUACCGGAUCCAGAGACUGAGCUCCCGCGCAGACGAGCGGAGUCCCCCUUCGGUUUGUACGCGUCGGUGCCCCCGGUGCUCCCGCAGACAUGAACAUCUUCAGGCUAACCGGCGAUCUGUCGCACCUCGCAGCCAUCAUCAUCCUGCUGCUGAAGAUCUGGAAAACCAGGUCCUGCGCCGGUAUUUCCGGGAAGAGCCAGGUCCUGUUCGCGUUGGUGUUCACCACGCGCUACCUGGAUCUGCUCACAUCCUUCAUCUCCCUCUACAACACCACUAUGAAGAUCAUCUACAUCGGCUGUGCGUACGCCACCGUGUACCUCAUCUACAUGAAGUUCAAGGCCACAUACGACGGGAACCACGACACCUUCCGGGUGGAGUUCCUGGUGGUCCCGGUGGGCGGCCUGGCCUUCCUGGUGAACCACGACUUCUCCCCGCUGGAGAUCCUGUGGACGUUCUCCAUCUACCUGGAGUCGGUGGCCAUCCUACCCCAGCUCUUCAUGAUCAGUAAGACGGGCGAGGCGGAGACCAUCACCACCCACUACCUGUUCUUCCUGGGCCUGUACAGAGCCCUCUACCUCAUCAACUGGAUAUGGAGGUUCUACUUCGAGGGCUUCUUCGACAUGAUCGCCAUCGUGGCCGGCGUGGUGCAGACCAUCCUCUACUGCGACUUCUUCUACUUGUAUGUGACAAAAGUGCUGAAAGGAAAGAAGCUGAGUCUGCCCGCCUGAAGUGCCAAAGAGGAGCGUUUGAGCGGACUCCGAGGCGGGACGGAAGCUCCUCCUCCGGUGUGAGAUGCCUCCCACAGAGAGCGAGCGGGGAGCCUCGGCUUUCGGAUUUCUGUUUGACGCAUCUCGCCUUAACUUUUUUUAAUACUCUGUAAAAAGGAAGAAGUUAAAACAAAAAACAAACAAAAACCAGGAAAAGUUUUCUAAAAAAAAAAAGGAGAAAAAAAACAGAUUGGGAGAUGUAAAAGUGG